GUUCUAUCUGGAUGUUCUGCCGACUUUUCAAGGGCGAAUGAAACAGCUAUGUGAGACGAGAUUUCAGCCUAGCAUCGGUCACUCAUUCAAUCUAGCUAAGCAGACGAAUAUGCGUGAGAUCGUACAUAUCCAAGCUGGCCAGUGUGGCAACCAGAUAGGUGCGAAGUUUUGGGAAGUGAUAUCAGAUGAGCAUGGAAUAGAUCCUACAGGUACGUACCAUGGGGAUUCUGACCUGCAACUUGAGCGGAUCAACGUUUACUACAAUGAGGCUAGUGGAGGGAAGUAUGUGCCUCGUGCUAUAUUGGUUGAUCUGGAGCCAGGGACUAUGGACAGCGUUCGUGCGGGACCAUUUGGACAACUUUUCCGCCCCGACAACUUUGUUUUCGGUCAAAGUGGAGCGGGAAACAAUUGGGCUAAAGGUCACUACACAGAAGGUGCUGAGCUUGUUGAUUCUGUUCUUGAUGUUGUGAGGAAGGAAGCUGAGUCGUGUGACUGUCUUCAAGGUUUCCAGCUUACUCAUUCACUUGGUGGUGGGACUGGUUCCGGUAUGGGUACGCUGUUGAUAUCAAAGAUUCGUGAAGAAUAUCCUGACCGGAUAAUGAAUACAUUUUCUGUUGUUCCAUCACCCAAAGUCUCGGAUACGGUUGUGGAACCAUACAAUGCUACCCUCUCCGUGCAUCAACUCGUUGAGAACACGGAUGAAACGUUCUGCAUUGACAACGAAGCACUCUAUGAUAUAUGCUUUAGGACGUUGAAGCUUACGACUCCUACUUAUGGUGAUUUGAACCACUUGGUCAGUGCGACGAUGUCUGGAGUGACAACGUGCUUGAGAUUCCCUGGUCAGUUGAAUGCAGAUCUGCGUAAGCUGGCAGUGAACAUGGUUCCAUUCCCACGUCUGCACUUCUUCAUGCCUGGUUUUGCACCACUGACUAGUCGUGGAAGCCAGCAAUACCGUUCAUUAACUGUGCCUGAACUGACUCAGCAAAUGUUUGAUGCAAAGAACAUGAUGGCUGCGUGUGAUCCUCGACAUGGACGUUAUUUGACUGUGGCUGCCAUCUUCCGUGGUCGUAUGUCGAUGAGAGAAGUAGACGAGCAGAUGUUGAAUGUGCAGAAUAAGAAUUCUAGCUAUUUCGUUGAGUGGAUUCCGAAUAAUGUGAAGACAGCCGUUUGUGACAUUCCGCCACGUGGAUUGAAGAUGUCUGUGACGUUCAUUGGUAAUAGCACGGCUAUUCAGGAGUUGUUCAAGCGUGUUUCUGAACAGUUUACUGCUAUGUUCCGUCGUAAAGCCUUUUUGCAUUGGUACACAGGUGAAGGCAUGGAUGAGAUGGAGUUCACUGAGGCUGAGUCGAAUAUGAAUGAUUUGGUGAGUGAAUAUCAACAAUACCAAGAUGCAACCGCUGAAGAAGAGGGGGAGUUUGAGGAGGAUGUUGAGGAUGCAUAAACUGCACUUAUUCUUUGUUUCUUUUUGUUAUAAAUCGGUAUAUUGGUUAAAUUUAAUCUGGUUAGAAUGUCUUCAGUUUGUUUUGUUCUUGCGUUACACUGUACAGAGUUGUGAUGUUCAGUCAUAUGAAAGCAGAGUGUAGUUUCUUUGAGGGUGAUUGAUAUUCUUACUGAUUGUUUACCCUAGCAGAGCCUCAUGGUAUUGACUGCCACUUGUAUUUUAGGUUGUUUAGAUGAGUUAGGAAUGAGUGGUUGUGGGAGAUUUUGUUUUAAGCGCAACAACAAAGUGCACAGUACAGUAUUUGUGGAUGCUAUUUAAGGCAUGUUAUGUGGUUUUCUCCGAGGUACUCUUGAUUCUUACCGGCUGUCUCCAGCGUGGAAGGUUAGGUUUUUCUUGAAAUGCAUUCAAAAGAAGAUUUAGUAGUCGACCACAGGGUGGACGAGACAUCUACUUGAGGCCGGUCAUGCACACACGCACAGAGCCUUUUGGGAAGUUUAAGGCUUUGUGUUUUGCUUUUGAAUGAGAUUCAGAUUUGUUGUUUGAGAAUAGAGGGUUGUGGGUUUGUGUGGAUCGUUUUGCAGUUGGUCUCUGUACUUGUGCAGUUCUCUUUCGAACGAGUCAAUUGGAGACACGACUUCUGUUCAUUUAGUAACUAGAUAUUCCUCAUUUGAUACACACUGACAAUGGUGCAUCCUUCUCUGACUACAUGUGUCGGAGUAUUACGAGAAGGCGUAUAGUAUGUCAUUAUGAUGAAUCCCUGUUGGAGGCUAUGGGGUGGUGGUGGUGGUAGGAUGGUAUUUUUGAGGCCGAUCUUUUGUAACCUAUCGCCGUAUCUAUAGGGAAGGUAGCAUCGGCGUGGUAUUGCUGGUGAUGCGGGGGGAACACCUAACUGCUGUCACACUUGCAU